AUGCCGCAGGGCGCUCACGGUGCCCACAUGCCGCAUGGCCCGCACGGACCGCACGGUCUACAUGUGCCGCAAGGCCCGCAUGUGCCGCAAGGCCAACAUGUGUCGCAAGGCCCGCACGUUCAUCAAGGCCCGCACGUGCACCAAGGCCCGCACGUGCACCAAGGCCCGCACGUGCACCAAGGCCCGCACGUGCACCAAGGCCCGCACGUGCACCAAGGCCCGCACGUGCCGCAAGGCCCGCACGUGCCGCAAGGCCCGCACAUUCCGCAAGGCCCGCACAUGGCACACGUGCCGCACGGCGCACACGGCUCCCCGCUGCCCGCUCCACCACCGCUGCCCGCUUUCCCGUACUUCGUGCCGAACCGCAACUCUUGGGACGUGGCCGUCGCGGCCCGCUUGGGAUGUGCAUUUAUCAGCGAGCCGCUGUGCUGGACCCAUCGUGCUCAGCCGCCGGGCGCGCCCGUGUUAGUAGAUGUAGAAGCACUGAAAUCGCCAAGCGUCGAACGUACAUCCGAGCGUCUGCUAACUAUCGCGUUCAAAGGUGUGACGCGCGGAAGUGGGGGCGCGGUGGUGGCCGCGGUGCGCUACGGCUCCGUUGCGGGGCCGACACCGCCGCGCCCCCCAGUCUACUCGCAAAACACGCUCGGGCAACAACUUAUACUAAGUCUCCAAGUGGCCUUGAUAUCACACUAUUGUUUGGAGUUUGGAUUAUUCGAUUCGGUUCAAGUUUGGAAU